CAUAUACCGCCGUACAUAGGGUGCUGGGGCGAGGCCAGCCUACUCUCCGAUACGUUGCGGCCGGCACUGGACAAAUUACCACCCGAGCUAUAUGACAACGACUUCCAGAUGGCUUUCUUCAACGCGUUCUUCACUGGGCUGGAAGACAGAUCAAUUCUCAGCUCAAGAAGUGAAAGACAAACUUGGAUAUCGGUCUUGUUUGAUUAUCUAUGUCACCUGUCCACUCAGAAACACGAUUAUGUAGUAGAAGUUAUCACCUACGCUCACAGAACAUGGCUCGAGAAGAUAUUCACUAUACGAGACGAUAACACACGCUCACAUCUCAUAAAAUACUCGGCGAUAAAAAUGGCGGCUUUGGAUAAAUACUGGCUUCGAAAAUCGAUCGAAUCAAACGAUAAUAUAUAUGACAAGUUAACAAGAAAUACUUGGCUGAGCUUUGGAGCGGUUGUCGAAACACAAGUGGACAAGUUACCGUUGGAUGACGCAGAUGUAGCAAGGCUUAUAAACGACCACACGACUUUCAUCAAAUCCCUCAGAGCUCCUGACGAAAAGAAGAAACGAAUAACUUUCGAAGAUGAAUCCGCUGUAGACGAUAAUACUGAACCAGAACCAGACAAAACAGCUGACAGAUACCAGCACAGCUUGAACGAGUUUAUUGUCAAAGUAUUGAGGGUUUACUUCGAGUUUGCCGAGCACAAGCAAAUGUCUUCUGAGGUGUUUACAAAUCUACGAAGUAUGAUAGUUGAACUGGACAGUGAACAGUUGUUCGUGUCUUUGGCAAAGAGCUUGGGUUACAGCUCGUUAUAUUCCUGGUAUGAUAGUGUGCUGAAGCGCUGGAUCUGUAGUGAUACAAUGAGAUGCAAAGGUCUGGUUGAGAUCGUCUUCGUGAUAUCUAAUUACUUCACGGACAACGAAUUGGAAUCUAUGUAUAACUCGUUCCAGCUGUUGUCGCCUGUGGCGCUGGAGUGGAGCAUAGAGGCGACCGCGUUGCGACGAACGUGGCGCGAGCCCGACAGGCUCUGGGCGCGGGGCGACGCGGUGGAGCGCUCCGUGCGGGCGCUGUGCGAGCGAGCGCGCGGCCCGCGGGACGACGAGCGCGUGUGUGCGCGCCUGGCGCUGCACGCCGCGGACGGCGAGCUGGUGUUGUCAGAGGGCGCCGUGUCAGCGGUUGUGGCGUGGGCUGCCGGCAGCGGCCGUGAGUCGGUGGUGCAGCAGGUGUGCGCAGCGCUAGCAGGCUCGCAGCAUGCGCCUCUGGCUCGCCCACUGCUGCUGCAGCUGUUUACCACCAGCCUGCGUCAGGUGGAGCAUGAAGGAAUCGACGCGCAAGAGGAGUCGGGCGAUGAGGCGGCGACGUCGCGAUUGCGGAUGGUGCAGCAGCAUCUCAGCCAGGAGCUGGUCUCGGACGCUAUCAGCGCCGCCCAGCAGUUCUUGCUGGAGAGGUUGCACGCGCUCGACGUGCCGCGGAUUGAGUGGAUUGUUGCUCUGUGUCCGUUCCUGACCAAGCCAGACGCCGACACGGGAGACAUCAUCUCCUUCACGCAAAAGCUGUUCGACAUGAACGUUGACGAGUCCGAGCUAAUGACACAGAGCCAAGCCCUGUUGAGGGAUUGCUUGUUUGGACACUUCAACUGUCUUUUUGAUGACAUCCCUAGCUUCACAGUGCUUAAGCAACUAUCGACGAAGAAUCCAGUUGAAUUUACGAAAAUCAGCAUAAUGCCUUACAUUUAUAAAGCUGCGUUUCGAGCGUUGUAUCUGAGAAGCCUACUGCGGGGUGGCGAUGACGUGGCGCCUCGAGAUUGGCUGGCGGAAGAGUAUUUCAAGAUGGAGCUCGUUAAUGUUUGUCAUGACUCUGCCAUCAUACCGUCACUGCAUGAUGGCUAUUUCUUUUUGUGCUGGGAUGUUAUUGAAGAAGCGAAGCAACUAAUAAAUGACGUGCUGCGGGAUAUCAUAUCGAUCAUGCCGGUCGAACACCAGAAAAGCGUACUAGAUAUUCUGACCCAAAAGUCUCACCACAUCGGGUACUACUGGGCGCGCGCUAAGAUCCUGUUCGAGCUCAAACUAAACCCUGGCCAAAGUGUUAACGCACCAGGCGCGGCCCCGCCAGCGGAGCGUGACGCAGAGCUGGAGCCGGAGCUAAACAAUCUGGUGUUGGAUGACAUUAUCCGGAGUAACGGCUUCUUCCACAGUUUACAGGAGCGUGAGUGCCAGGGGCCGGAGAGCGCGCUACGCAAGCGGUACCUGGUGCUGGUGCGUAGUUGGUACGUGCACGCGAGGGGCGGCGCCGAGGGCGGAGCAGAACGCGCGCGCGGUUUGGCGUCUCGCGCGGCCGCCGCACUGGCGACCGCAGACCCCGACCCGCUCAUAGAUGACUUCUACGAGCACGACCAGAACAUGUUCACGGACAGAGAGUUCUCGGCGGUGCGGUGGGAGACGGCGACUUGCGCAGCCGAGCUGCUCCGCUACGUGAGCGAGCUGAUAGUGCGGCGCGGCUGGAGCUGUGCGCCGCACGUGUGGGACUUCAUCAACCUGACGCUGUGCGCCACACUGGGCUCGCUCCUGCGCACGCCUCGCUGCACGCGCAACCUUCAGUGGGCGGCAGUGUGUUCGGCGGCGCUCAGGGCGGCUGAUGCGGUGAACACGUUUGUGUGUCUCGUGCCGGCCCGCAGCGAGCGGCAGCGGCCCGAGGCGCACGUGGCCGCACUACCGGCCGAGUGGCGGGACGUGUUCGAGCCAGAGAUCACCGCGCAUGCGCUGCACCUCGCAUCCAGUAUAUGCGAGGAGUCGAGCCGGCGCACCACGGCCACCGUGUGCGAGAUGGCGGUGAUUCAGCCACUGAUUGGGCUGCUGGAGAAGUCUCUGGGAGGAGGUCUGCGGUGGGAGCGCGUGCCCGCUGCUCGUCGCUCCGGAGACCUGGCGCCUCGCACUCUGGCCCGUGCCGCCUUGGCCGUGCUGCGGGGCUCCGCGCACCACGCCUGCAAGUACCUGGCAUACCACCUGCUGCGGGCCAGCGCCGAGCCGCUGGUGCUGGAGGACGCGGAGAAGGUGAUGCUGUGGUCGCAGCGACGAGAAGAAGAAGGAGAAGACGAUAGCGAGGAGAAGAGUAACAUACCAGAAGGCGGAGUAGAUCUGUCGCUCACGCUGUACUACGAGACAAUCGAAAAUACUGUGUCGAGCCUGUGCGGAGCGGAGGAGGCGGAGUCUACGGGCCCGGCGGAUGUGAACCGCGCGGCCGGAUUCGCCGUCGCCGCGCUGGCCCUGCUGCGUCACGCCUCGCUGGCGCGCGGGGACCUCGUGCACCACUACAGCGAGAGCCUCGGGGAGAGUGGAAUGGUGGCGCACAUCAUACGCGCAUCGCUGGCUCUGUUGCCGCCCGAGCUGCUGGCGCACGCGGCUGAUGAACGGCUGCCAGCGCCGGCGCAUCUGCUGCCCGCCUUCACCAGCGACCCGCUGCUGCUAGCCCCAGAGCCGGAGGCGGGAGAGACGGCGAGCCGUGCGGCGUGCCGGCUGCUGUACGAGGUGCUCCGGCUGUGCGGGGGCACCGCGCGCGGCGUGUGGAGCGCACUGGACGGGAGACGCGCGGCGCUACUGCGGCGCCUCGUGCUCACGUGUGUGGCCACGCCCCUCGCGCACGCGCAGCUCACGCACCUCAAGGAGCACGCGCACGAGUUGGAGGACGCCGAGAUCACGAUUAGCUGGUCUCGCGGCUCAGCCAGCUGCCUGGCGGCGGUGGACACCUGCCACAUGGAGCUGAACAUCACCCUGGGCACCUGCCACCCGCUGGAAGUGCCCGAGGUCACGGCGCCCGCACCCGCACUGCGUCUGGCCAGUCUACACCACGUGAAGCUCUACCUGGCCUUCCAGAACGGAUGGCUAGUGAACGCAUUCAAGAUGUGGACUGAGCUGAUCCGCGGGAAGGUGAACCGCGCGAAGGAGUGCGCCGUGUGCUGCCACCGGCUGCACCCCGCCACUGGCCUGUUGCCCUCGUCGCACUGCAGGUCCUGCAACAAGCACUUCCAUCCGCGAUGCCUGGGCAAAUGGUUCAAAUCUGUCGGGAAGUCGAACUGUCCGCUAUGCCGUAAGAAGUUCUAGCGUUGGCCCCACCCUCUGCUCCCAGAAAACGUCGUCUGUGUGGACUUCACACGCGAGGCAGGAUAAAUCCAUUAUAGAAACUUAUUGGCACAAAUGUACAUAUGAAAGCUCGAGCUGACAAUAUACCUAAUUCAUUAUUGA